UGCUCGUGGAAACUUUCUGUUUCGAGGUCGACUGCAGAAGUGUGAGGCGACGAGAAGUUUGCGGAAGUUUGGUUUCAUUGAAGAAAAUAAAUUGACAGCAUUAUUUCAGGUCCUCCAAUGAAGCAUCAACAGUGAGAUUGUGCCAUGGCAUUGGACAGCAUACGAAUACAUUCUCAUGAGCUUACUAAAAAAGAACAAAUAGACUGUGGAGGGUGUGGAGUAGUAUACAUAUGUCUUCAUGCAACACAUGGAUUAGUAGUUUUAAAAACUGUUUACACUGGGCCUCAUCGCACAGAGUUUAACAAAUCUCUGUUAGAGGAGGGAAAGUUAAUGAAGAAACUGAAUCAUGAGCGGGUGGUGAAACUGCUUGGUGUGGUUUUAGAAGAAGGCAACUACUCUCUUGUAAUGGAGUAUUUACCUAAAGGCAAUCUCCUUAAAAUGCUGCAAUCUGUAUCUGUUGCACUUUCUAUAAAAGGAAGGAUCAUAUUAGAGAUCAUUGAAGGAAUGUCUUAUUUAAACCAAAAUAAUGUCGUUCACAAGGAUCUUAAACCAGAAAAUAUAUUAUUAGAUGAAAAUUUUCAUGUUAAGAUUGCAGACCUGGGACUUGCCAUCUGUCAAACAUGGAGUAAAUUGACCAAAGAAGAAUCUCGUAGACAAAGCCGGCUAGGUAACAAGCCUCAAAGCAAUGCUGGAACACUAUGUUAUAUGGCACCAGAACAUCUGAAGCAAAUCAACACAAAACCCACUGAAAAAUCUGAUGUGUAUAGCUUUGGAAUUGUAGUAUGGGUCAUUCUGGCUAACAAGGAGCCUUAUGAAUAUGCACAAGGCGAGUGUCAUUUGUACCACUGCAUUAGUGAGGGAAACCGUCCAGACAUGAGUGAACUUACUUCUGAUACUCCACGUGAAUUUCUAGAUCUGAUGGUCUCUUGUUGGAAUGGGGAUCCAAAGGAAAGGCCUUCAUUUGCAGAGUGUAAUGACAUUUUUUGGCCUUUCUACAUGAACAAUUUGUAUCACAGUGUUGAAGGAGAUUUAAAAGAUCUUCGGAAAGCUUAUCAGGGUCCAAAGGAAUGUAUAGAAAAAAUGAAGUCACUAACAAUUGAAUCAUCACCUUCUGAAUCAGAUCAUCCAUAUUCUCUGCAUUCCCAAGGAUCUCCAGAGGAAAAAAAUGAACUAGUCAAUAUUGCUGCCUUUAAUCGCCAGACUUCUAUACAGAUAGAUGCACAGUCUGACAAUGACAUCCUGCAACAAAAGCUGGAUGAAGAGUGGAUGUACCAUGCACAUGGCAGCCGCCUGGAUCAGCAAAGGAGCCAAGUUUCUGGCAGCCGUGUAGAUCCAGUUUACGAAGAACGAAACAGAAGAGUUUCUAGUAAUCCUCAUUAUGAGAAGAAAUCUUUUGCUCAAAGCAGGCUACCAUCUGAAAACGAAGUACCUGUAGGCUUCCCUGUCUCAGAAAAUCACCAUCCUUCCUUGUUUCCCAUUGGUGAGGAAACUGAAAGAAAUCAACAAAAUUUUCCUAGAUAUAGCAAGCAGGCAUAUGCUGGUAUGCCAAAAACUCCAGUUUAUAGUGUGCCUGCAGCAUUGCCUCGUAUGAUGUCUAGACCACCUGGAUAUCCAAUUCCUGAAUCUAAUAAUCCAGAUACUAUUUCAAAGACACCAUUGAGCCCUCAAAAUAAUUAUCCAUCAACAGAAAUGGGAAAUACUAACAUCCCUGCUUUUGAUACCCAUGCUGUGCUCGACAGUUCUUUUUUACAUAUACCUGGAAUACAACCAGGUUCAGAUCUUUAUAUAAAUAAUGUCACUGGGAUGCAGAUUGGCCAUAAUAAUUUUAUGAGUAUUGGAAACCAGACCUUCAGUUCUUCUGAGAUUCUCCAUGAAAAUAUAGAAGACAUGAUAAAAACCUAUGAAAAUUAUCCAGUUAUGGAGGCACACAUGGAACUUCUUCGAAACAGCUUAGGGAAGAGAUGGAAACACUGUGCUCGCAAACUUGGUUUUGAGGAACCAGAUAUUGAAGAGAUUGACCAUGAUUAUGAGCGCGAUGGGCUCAAAGAAAAGGUUUACCAAAUGUUGGAAAAAUGGAAAAUGAGGGAGGGACAGCAAGGCACUACAGUUGGAAAGCUUUGUAGAGCCCUUCAAAGCUGCUCCAAAAGAGACCUUCCAAUUAAAUUACUGGAUAUGUGCAAGGAUGUUGUAUAGCAAACAAAAAAUAUAUCAAUAUUGAUUUUCUUCAAUGUAUUCUUUUACUGUUUUAGCUGCUUUCACAUUAAGAGAAAAUGGUGUUCAUCCAGCAGAUCGAUAAAAUAUCCUUGGGAGUAAGUCUGCCGUAGAAAAUAUCUGACUUAAAAUUUUGAACACUGCAAAGACAAUGUUAAAAUUUGGGACUUCAUUUCUGUAACAAAUCUAAUUGUACUGUAUGUUUUUUUUUUUUUUUUUAAUUGUAUUUUUCUAUUGAUAUUAAUGUAUCCUUAAUCAUUACUGCUUCGUUGCCUUUGAACAUUUUCAGAGUCUAUUUGUAUUGUAAGUUACAGUCCACAGAAACAUAAUAGAUUUUAAGCACAUCCAAGCUUUGCCAAUGUCCAGUGUACUGUAAAUUCCUCAGCUAAUGUUGUACAGAUUUGUUUUUGUUUUUACAUGGAUACGCCAUUCUGUGAUUUGUUACAGUAUUUCCUUUAAUGUGCAAUACUGUGUUGGGCAAUAUAGUAACAUAAAAAAAUGAUUUAUACUGUCUGAUUCAUAUUAAAAAUAGUAAAAGAAACUGAAAUACACAGAAUUACUGAGACUUAUUGAACUAUUAUGGGACAUUUCAGUGUGACCUCAGAAAGCAGUACUCUGAAGUUUUAAUUAAAUAAGUCAUUUUAUAAUAUUCAA